UUAACAGGCGGGAGGAAACUGCCUCCUCCGUUUCCAACUAGAUGAGGGGGCGGGAACUAGUGCGGAGACUUCCCGUCCAUACCAAGAUGGCUGCCACAUUGGCGCUGUCAUUUUGGUACAGAGCAGAGCGAAGCGCUUAAUUCGACCCGGUCCAGGCCAGAGUCUUUUUCUCUGCGGCUUCCUCGUGCUCAGCUAGUCCCCUGACCAAUCCCUGGGAAUCCCUGGUACCUCUUCGCUAUACCUACACUCAGCCAGGAAUCAUGUCUUGGGCUGCUCGCCCGCCCUUCCUCCCCCAGCGGCAUGCCGCAGGGCAGUGUGGGCCGGUGGGGGUGCGAAAAGAAAUGCAUUGUGGGGUCGCGUCCCGGUGGCGGCGGCGACGGCCCUGGCUGGAUCCCGCAGCGGCGGCGGCGGCGGCAGCAGCCGGAGAACAACAAACCCCGGAGCCGGAGCCGGGGGAGGCUGGACGGGACGGGAUGGGCGACAGCGGGCGGGAUACUCGAAGCCCAGACAGUUCCUCCCCAAAUACCCUUCCGCAGGGGGCUACUACCCCUUCUCCUCCUGGGCCGCCCCUACCCGCUUCAGCAGCUGCAUCCCUUGGAGGCUCUGGAGCCCCACCCCCAGCCCCGAUGCCACCCCCACCACUGGGCUCCCCCUUCCCAGUUAUCAGUUCUUCCAUGGGGUCCCCCGGUCUGCCCCCUCCAGCUCCUCCAGGAUUCUCCGGGCCUGUCAGCAGUCCCCAGAUUAACUCAACAGUGUCGCUCCCUGGGGGUGGGUCUGGCCCCCCUGAAGAUGUGAAGCCACCAGUCUUAGGGGUCCGGGGCCUGCACUGUCCACCCCCUCCAGGUGGCCCUGGGGCUGGCAAACGGCUAUGUGCAAUCUGCGGGGACCGAAGCUCAGGCAAACACUAUGGGGUUUACAGCUGUGAGGGCUGCAAAGGCUUCUUCAAGCGCACCAUCCGUAAGGACCUGACCUACUCAUGCCGGGACAACAAAGACUGCACGGUGGACAAGCGCCAGCGGAACCGCUGUCAAUACUGCCGCUAUCAAAAGUGCCUGGCCACUGGCAUGAAGAGGGAGGCGGUACAGGAGGAGCGUCAGCGGGGGAAGGACAAAGAUGGGGAUGGGGAGGGGGCUGGGGGAGCCCCUGAGGAGAUGCCGGUGGACAGGAUCCUGGAGGCAGAGCUUGCUGUGGAACAGAAGAGUGACCAGGGCGUUGAGGGUCCUGGGGGAACCGGGGGUGGCGGCAGCAGCCCAAAUGACCCAGUGACUAACAUCUGUCAGGCAGCUGACAAGCAGCUAUUCACGCUUGUUGAGUGGGCGAAGAGGAUCCCACACUUUUCCUCCUUGCCGCUGGAUGACCAGGUCAUACUGCUGCGGGCAGGCUGGAACGAGCUCCUCAUUGCCUCCUUCUCUCACCGAUCCAUUGAUGUCCGAGAUGGCAUCCUCCUCGCCACAGGUCUUCACGUACACCGCAACUCAGCCCAUUCCGCAGGCGUGGGAGCCAUCUUUGACCGGUCCCUCUCCAGGGUGCUGACAGAGCUAGUGUCCAAAAUGCGUGACAUGAGGAUGGACAAGACAGAACUUGGCUGCCUGAGGGCAAUCAUUCUGUUCAACCCAGAUGCCAAGGGCCUCUCCAACCCCAGUGAGGUAGAGGUCCUGCGGGAGAAAGUGUAUGCAUCACUGGAAACCUACUGCAAACAGAAGUACCCUGAGCAGCAGGGACGGUUUGCCAAGCUGCUGCUGCGUCUUCCUGCUCUCAGGUCCAUAGGCCUUAAGUGUCUAGAGCAUCUGUUUUUCUUCAAGCUCAUUGGUGACACCCCCAUUGACACCUUCCUCAUGGAGAUGCUUGAGGCUCCCCACCAGCUGGCCUGAGCCCACACCCAAAGGUGGUGCUCCUCAAGCUUGAGGAGGGCACGUCAGAGAGGGACUCCGAGCCUCGGGCAGGGUUGGGAGGGGCCAUGUUUCUAGAAUUUUGGAGGGGUGAGGAGUUCAGGGCAGAACUGAGACCUCCAAGGAGGGGGGGUCCCUAAACCCUCCAAGGGUUUGCCUGAUAUCCCGUCAGAGGGGACCCCAGAUCACUGCAAGGGCUGGACCUCUCCCUUCAGUGGCCUUGAGUCUCUGAACUUGUGUGGUUCUGCCAUGGUUUGGGGUGCUUUCUCACCCCCUGCCUGGAGGGACCUCUCCUUCCCCCAGCACAAAGCACUGGCCUUGCUCCCAGGACCUUGCUUCCUUCUCAUCUUGUCUCACUUAGUCCCCCAUCUGAAGAGUGGAAAUGGGAACUUCUCCAGAGAUGGAUAUUAGGGGGCAGGCCCCCCAAACUGAUAGACAUGGGAGUAAGGCUCUGACAGGCCUUCCUCUAACCAAGCCUGGCAGAUGGAGCUACUCUGAAAGAAGGAGGGGGCCCUGUCGCUGUCUCCUGUCCAGAGUGCCCUCUCCCACUUCACCUCCUGCAGUCAGACUGAAAAAUAAAAAGGUGAUGGUGGUUAAGGGCUGGGUGGAGUUGUAGGAAUCCAUCUGCUAUUUUUAAUUUUCUUUAAGGAUAGAGACUUGCAGUUAGACUCAAAGAAGUACUGUACUUUCCUAGGUUGACUAAGAAAUGCCAGUGGUGGAGGUGGUGUUUGGGAAAGGCAGGGCUCUGAGAUGAUCUGUCUUGGGCUCCUCAAGCACUGGCCUUCCCAACGCUCUCCCCCCAACUCUUCCUGUUAAACUUGGGGAAGGGGCCUGGGCUGUGAUGGCAGGGCAGGGGGUGGUUUGGUGAGUAGUCCUCGGGCUCUUCCCUUCACAGCUCUCCCCCUAGCCCUGGACACACACACAAAAGGUUGGGGGUCACAGGAACCUGGCCUGAGAAUUGAGGAGCGAUGGCCUGUCUGCAGAGAUGGGGUGCUGGGGCUGCAUGAUUUUUGCCCUGCAGCUCUUCUCUCUGGGGUUCCUUUUCCCUCUCGUACACUCACACAUAAAAUCGCUUUCAAAUUAAAAUUGCUGUUUUCUGGA